AUGAAUACUCCAUCAUCCGGGACCGCGACACCAGUUGAUGUGGAAAGUGGUGGUGGUGGUAUUCGAAAGCGCCUCACCGUGACAUUUCGCGAUCUCAAUGUUCGAGUGACGUCCACAGAUGCUGCAUUAGGAAGCACUUUGUGGUCAGAGGUUGAUCCCCGCCAACUCGGCGGCUUAUUCAAGAGGAAUCACAAACAAAAAAGAACAAUUCUGAAAGACGUUUCUGGUCAGGUCAAGCCGGGGGAAAUGCUUCUCGUUCUCGGUCGUCCAGGAUCUGGUUGUACAUCCCUGCUUCGCGUUCUUUCGAAUGACCGAGAGACGUUCGAUGAAGUUAGGGGUGAGACUCGAUAUGGAAGCAUGGACCACAAAGCCGCAAAGCAGUUUCGUCAACAGAUUAUGUUCAACAAUGAAGAUGAUUUACAUUUCCCUACACUCACCGUGAACCGAACCAUGAAAUUUGCCUUGUGGAACAAAGUUCCUAAUGAGCGACCCCAAGAAUUGGCCGACCGCAAAGCCUAUGUUUUGGAAAAACGGGACAACAUCCUCAACUCUCUUGGCAUUGGUCACACAAAGAAGACGCGUGUUGGCAAUGAGUUUGUCCGCGGCGUUUCUGGAGGUGAACGGAAACGUGUCUCCCUGGCCGAAGUGAUGGCGGGACAGAGCCCGGUUCAAAUUUGGGACAAUCCUACCCGUGGUUUAGACUCAAAGGCAGCUGGAGAGUUUGCACGGAUGUUACGACGAGAAGCGGACGAGAACGAGAAGACCGUGAUUACAACCACCUACCAGGCAGGAAAUGGUAUCUAUGAUACAUUCGACAAAGUCCUUGUGUUAGCCGACGGUAGGGUAACUUACUAUGGCCCUCGUCGGCUUGCCAAAGGGUAUUUUGAGGAUCUUGGCUUUAUAUGUCCCAAAGGUGCCAAUGUGGCAGACUAUCUCACGUCCGUUACUGUCAUCACAGAGAGAAUUGUGCGUGCCGGGUGGGAGGGGAAAGUGCCCAAUACCGCGGAAGAGUUUGAAUCACGAUACCACGCCAGCUCCAUUUACCAAGGACAGAUGGAAUCCAUGGACACCCCUGAAAAGCUGACCUAUGAGACGGAUGAUCUUAAGGUCGCCGUGUCCAGUGAAAAGCAAAAGCAGCACGUUCCUCGCACUCAGAGUGCUUAUACUGCGAACCUGCGGGACCAGAUUCGCUCUUGCACUCUUCGACAGUUCCAAAUCAUGUGGGGAGACAAAUUCUCACUCAUCGUGAAGGUCGUAUCGGCCCUCAUCCAAGCAUUGGUGUGUGGGUCUCUCUUCUACAACCUCGCCGAGGACAGCAGUUCUAUCUUCUUGCGUCCCGGCGUACUCUUCUUCCCUGUUCUAUACUUCCUUCUUGAGUCCAUGUCCGAAACUACCAGUUCUUUUAUGGGCCGUCCCAUUCUCUCCCGUCAAAAACGGUUUGGUUUCUAUCGUCCAACAGCCUUCUGCAUUGCCAGUUCCAUCGCUGAUAUUCCAGUGGUGAUAAUUCAAGUGACUUGUUUCUCGCUCAUUUUAUAUUUCAUGGCAGCUUUGCAGAUGGACGCGGGAAGAUUCUUUACUUUCUGGAUAAUCAUCAUUGUACAAACUCUGUGCUUUAUCCAGCUCUUUCGGUCGAUUGGCGCGCUUUGCAAACAAUUCGGGAAUGCUUCCAAGAUCUCCGGACUACUUUCCACGGUUUUCUUUGUUUAUGGAGGAUAUUUGGUGCCAUUUCACAAGAUGCAUGUGUGGUUCCGCUGGAUUUUCUAUCUAAACCCUGGAGCGUACGCGUUUGAGGCAUUGAUGGCAAAUGAAUUUGUCGGUCGACAGCUAAAGUGCAUCGAACCAGAUUAUAUUCCGUAUGGUGCUGCCUACUCAAGCUCUGCAUCGGCUUAUCGGGGUUGUUCUGUGCUUGGAAGCAACGGCGAAGGCAUCAUUGAUGGUGCCUCCUACAUUCGGGAGCAGUAUAGCUAUUCCCACGGUCACAUCUGGCGCAGCUUCGGGAUAAUUGUUGGAUUUUGGGUAUUCUUCAUAUUCUUGACGUCGGUGGGGUUCGAGCUUCAAAACAGCCAGAGCGGUUCUUCUGUGUUGCUUUACAAGCGUGGUAGCCAGAAGAAACAACCAAAGAACACGGGAUUAGAUGCAACAAGCCGCCAUGCAGGUGAACCAGAUGCCCUCGCAAUUUCUUCAAAACAAUCUAUUUUCACAUGGCAUGACCUUGACUAUCAUGUGCCCUUCAAUGGUGAAAAGAAGCAGCUUUUAAAUAAGGUUUUCGGCUUCGUGAAGCCUGGAAGUCUAGUUGCGUUGAUGGGAGCUUCAGGCGCCGGAAAAACAACGCUUUUGGAUGUACUCGCUCAAAGAAAGGAUUCUGGGGAAAUCUACGGGUCAAUCCUGAUCGAUGGGCGCCCGCAGGGUAUCAGCUUCCAGAGAACAACGGGUUACUGUGAGCAGUUGGACGUACACGAGACAACAGCGACGGUAAAAGAAGCGCUCAUCUUCUCCGCCGUUCUUCGCCAACCUUGCUCGGUUUCUUACCAAGAGAAGAUCGCUUAUGUGGAUCAUAUCAUCAACCUUUUGGAACUCGGAGAUAUCAGUGAUGCUUUGAUUGGAGUGCCCGGUGCUGGUCUAAGCAUUGAACAGCACAAGAGGGUGACUUUGGGUGUCGAACUUGUGGCAAAGCCAAGUCUGCUUUUCCUGGAUGAGCCUACAUCUGGCCUUGAUGGACAGAGUGCAUACAAUAUUGUGCGGUUCCUACGAAAGCUCGUCGAUGGAGGGCAAGCCGUUCUGUGCACCAUCCACCAGCCUUCUGCAGUCCUUUUUGACGCCUUCGAUGGCCUUUUACUUCUUGCAAAGGGUGGAAGGAUGACAUACUUUGGAGAAACCGGGAAAGAAUCCAGUACCAUUCUGGAUUACUUCGCACGCAACGGCGCGCCAUGCCCACCUGAUGCUAAUCCCGCUGAGCAUAUCAUUGAGGUAGUCCAAGGAAGUGGUACGACGGAGAAUACAGACUGGGUUGAAGUAUGGAAUCGAUCAGACGAGCGGGGAAAAGCCCUCGAAGAGCUCGAGGCUCUGAACAAAACCGCCAAGGCGGAUCCAGACUAUGUGCAAGACACUGCCGACUUUGCUACGUCUCACUGGUUCCAAUUCAAAAUGGUGGCUACACGCCUCAGCAUCAAAAUCUGGCGAUCACCGGACUACAUGUGGAACAAGAUAAUCCUUCACAUUUUCGCGGCCCUUUUUAGCGGGUUUACCUUUUGGAAAAUUGGACACGGAACAUUCUCCCUUCAACUGCGACUUUUUGCAAUUUUCAACUUUAUUUUCGUCGCCCCCGGCUGCAUUAAUCAGAUGCAACCCUUCUUCUUGCAGAACCGUGACAUCUUCGAAACACGUGAAAAGAAGUCAAAAACCUACCAUUGGAUUGCGUUUAUCGGGGCUCAGACAGUGGCUGAGAUUCCGUACUUGAUAAUUUGUGCCACGCUCUACUUCCUCUGCUUUUAUUUCGCAGCCAGCUUCCAGACCCAGGCCAGUAUUUCAGGCCACUUUUACCUACAGAUGAUAUUCUACGAGCUUCUGUACACGUCGAUCGGUCAAGCCAUUGCUGCAUAUGCACCCAAUGAGUAUUUCGCUGCAGUAAUGAACCCAGUGUUGAUUGGUGCAGGCUUGAUCAGUUUUUGUGGUGUCGUUGUUCCGUAUUCCCAGAUGCAGGCAUUCUGGCGUUACUGGAUCUACUAUCUGGAUCCUUUUACCUACCUCGUCGGAGGCCUUCUGGGCGAGGUUCUCUGGGAUGUCAAGGUUCAAUGUGAUCCAUCAGAAUACAUCACAUUCAGUGCUCCAUCUGGACAGACCUGCGGUGAAUACAUGGCAAACUUCCUCUCGUCGCAAACAGGCUAUCUGCUAGAUGCAAAUUCCACCGGGACUUGCUCAUUCUGUCAGUACUCCACAGGUGCAGACUACGCCAAAACGUUCAAUCUCAGGGAGAAGUACUACUCUUGGAGAGAUACUGGUAUCACCGCCCUGUUUUGCAUCUCUUCAUAUUUUCUCGUCUUUUUGAUGAUGAAACUGCGGAGUAAGAAAACCAAGAGUGCCCGAUCAGAAUAG